GACAAGGCAACUGUGCCAGUUCAAUUUCAUUUAUUUGGCAAACUACUUACAGAUUGCUUCGUGGUAGACAUAUAAGUAGACAAAACAUGUGAUUGCAUGCCCCCAGGCUAUGCAAGCGGUGUCAGCGCUUACUUCACAUAUUCCUUCCUCUUCCGUAGUCUUCUUUAACCAGUUGUUAAACCAUGAAUCAAAUUAGAUCCAACGCUCAUCCGAGAGUUGUGGCUCAAUGCACGAACUGACAGACUGUGAGUGAAGGCUCCCUGUGUGAUGUCACAGAUUGUCGGCACUGUCAUCUUCACCACAGACAGAUCAAAUGUCCCUUCCUGUAUGGGUGCUUUGCUCCUUGCUGGGUCGUGUGUACAACCCUUGCUAUCAGGCGUUUUCGCACACAGGUUACAUUGGAGAACGCAAAGGACAGGAAAGCCCUGCAGCGGCGACACCCAUUGCUCUUUAGAAGGACGCUUGAAAUGUCACAGUACCAGUGAAUGCCCUGAAGACGAAGGUAGCUCAUUGCGCUUCUGGGUGGCUAUGAGACAUGUGUCAUUCACAAGCCAGCAAAAGAAUGCAAAGGUUGUGGACAGCUUGCUCCAGAAGAAUAUCAUGUCAAGCUGCCAAGCAGAUUCAUGAGCCUUGUGGCCUGCUGAAAUUCCGGGAUUUCAACCAAUACUUUAGAGAAAACACUAUGUUUUUGGGUGAGAGCAAAAAUGGAUCGAGCAACAGAGAGAGAGAGAGAACGAGAACGAGAACGAGAAAGAGAAAGAGGAGAAAAAGCAUACGCGGGAGGCAAGCUUAAAAGAAAUCGGACUUGCAACAGCUCUGACUGUGACUUGUGGGGGCAAAAUAACUAUAAGGUUGUUGCUGCCAGGACAUACAUUUUUUCCUUCCGAUCAUUACCAUGUUGAAGCUGGUGGGAGUGAAGUUAUAUAUGCACACAAGGUUUUCAGUCUAGAGUGCCCAAGUUUCGGCAGCUAACGCCAACGCCAGAGGAAUCUGUCAGGUUCAAUGAGUCUUUAAAGUCAAAACUCCUUCAGUUGGCGCCAAAUUCCAUUAGCACAGGGAGCGAAAUCUCCAGGUGUAUCAUUGAAGCUGCAAGCCAAACGCUAGCAAAGAUUGACCCCAAGCAAAAAACGACGGACCGUUACAAAAGAUUACCGCCAGACAGCAGGCACAUGAAAAUGCGAACCUUCGAUCGAGCAAAGGUCUUUCGCACCAAAUCUAAUACCCUGCAGGAAGGGACAUUUGUGUUACCAUUCUUGAAUCUAUAAGAGAAGUACCUAUCAAAGAGAACAAUGGACAGGUAUAACUGAAGAAUAUGAAGAAAGAAAGAAUCUAGGAAUCUAGGGCUGAAGCAAUCACCACUUAUCUUCAGGACAAACAUUGGACCAAUGAAAACAACGUCCCAGUUGAGCAUACAGACACGGUUCAAGAUCUCAGACUUUUGCUUGACGUUGAUUGAGAGUGUGCCGUUCAAGAUAUUGAGUUCAAUGCUGCUUUGGUUUCUACAAAAACGAAUACAAGGACCAUGUUGCAAUGGAGCUAUUUCUCUUGGAUGAACCUCGACAACCGAAGGCGGUUCCUGAGUAUGUUAAACUCUUCUUGGAGCAAUCAAGCCGCCCCUGACGACAUUUUUUUCGCUUGGACGGUGCCUGUUACAAGAAAGCGAACACGGACGAACCCUCCAAUUACGGACCGAUAUUCUUGUUGAACUCCACAGCGACUGCAGGUGGUACUGGAGAACACCAUAACUCAAACGCAAUAUGGCCAAAGAGCUUUGAAGCGGAGGUGAGAUGUCCAGCAAAGGGCUAGGUGACCCAGUGGUCACAUGACAACUAAUGACAUGGUGAAGCAUUGGACUGUGCAACCAGAGUCAAUGGCUGAAGAAAACUGCCAGAGCAUGUUGUGGAGAGAACAGGACAACAGCACUUCUAUCUAGAGUGCUGCUGACAGGACUGAUCCAUCUAGCAUCGUUUCGAAU